AGUGUGAUUCACAGGAACACGAGACGCUCGUCGAGCUCAGAUCAGAUCAAGAGGAAGAGAUUGACACAAACAUGCGUGUAUUAUAAAACAUACCAGCAAACAUAUAAUAAACGGCGAAUUUAAUCGUUAACAUAUACAGUGCGCGUCAGUGAAAAGUGUCCGUCUGCGCGCGCGUCAUGGCCGCCGCGAGCUGCGCGAGGCUGCUGUCAGCGGGAUCCGUUCACGGACUGCGGCUCGGUUCGAGGCUUCUUCCCGCGCUGAGCCGAGUGUGUCCGGUGCGCGGCCACAGGCUCGGUCCGGCCGAUGAUGAGCUGUACCAGAGGACCACCGUGACGCUGAUGCAGAAGAACGCCGCCGCGGGAGCCGUUAUCUACAGCUACAGCCCGCGGGGCUUCAACAUCAGCGGCAACACGGUGCUCGGACCCUGCGCUGUGCUGCCGCCCUCCAUCCUGCAGUGGAACGUGGGCUGUCACACUGAUAUCACAGUGGAGAGUUUGUCUCUGUUUUAUCUGCUGGAGCCGCGCGUCGACUGUCUUCCUGAGCUUUCUUCAUUAAUAAGGAGGUGUUGUGGAGUAAUAACCCGAGCCGGUCUUACAGAGGUUCUGGUUCUGGGGACGGGGGCUCGCACGGAGCGUCUGGAUCCAAGCGUGCUGCGCUUCCUGAAGACGAAGGGCAUCGCGGUGGAGGUUCAGGACACGUAUCACACACCCCUACAACACCCCUUACAGCAGGUUAACAGUGUGACCGCUUCUCCUCGCAGCCCAACGCCUGCGCCACCUUCAACUUCCUGUCCAGCGAGGGACGGCUAGCCGCGGCCGGACUGAUCCCUCCUCCUGCCUCCGAAUAACAGCGGCACACCGGCAGAGAACUCUGGGAAAUCAGUCACAUGAUCUCUGAAUGUAGUGUGUGUGUGUGUGUGGACUGAAUAAACACAGAUUAGAGGUGUUAA